CAACAUCGUACCUGUCACAGUUGUAUACUACACCUAACUGUUUAUCGAAGAUUUGAUGAAGGGAUAGGUAAUACCGAAACAAACAGAAUGGAUACUGCAACAUUAUUUCAUGAAGACAGGGAUCCGCAGAAUAAUAACGCUUUUUUGAAGGUAAGAGGUUUACGUAUGUACAUUCGCACGAUUUUAUCUAACCAUCAUCAGUUUUCAUGGACGAUUUGAACGCAGCAAAGUCAACGAUAGGAAAUUCUGUUUGAGAUCAACGAAAAUGUUUAGAUUUAUUGGUUUUUUUAUGCGGUAUUUGAUAUUUUUCGGCGGUGAUUAUCGAUAUUCACGAUUUUUUUUUUCAAAACGUUCAGACUGAGGCAAAAUUGAAGGAACGGAAUAAAUAAAUCGGAAGAAGUUACCGCGACUUGUUUCACGGUUAUGUCACUCUCUGGAGCUACGCAAGUAACGAAAAUAAUUUCUUUGAUAUUUUCACAAGUUUUCAGAGGAGGGAGUAGGUUUGGUUAUCAAAAUUAAAUAAAUUGUAGUUUCAAUAAGUUCGCCCUCACGUGCCUAAAUUUUUUCCAGAGUCCAGCUCAGUUGCUACCCAUCUCCGAAAGACAAACGAACUCACAAUUGAAAACUUAAUUCAAAACAGUUUCCAUUUCAUUCUCCGAAAGUAAUUAUUCUUGAUCAGACAAAAAGCACGUGCCUCACUUUUCAAGCUUGCGGCUGCAAGCGAAACUGAAAAGUUAUUUCAAAGAAUAAUGUCACGACCAUAAGACGCGCCAAGCUGAUAAUAAAUUUAAAAGGAUAUUAAUAGCGGGUGAUGUAUCAGACUCCUGAACUUCCUUGGGUUUCCCACAAAUAUGAAUAAUCUCGUCCUUCAUCAAGUGUGAACGAACACUUGACUGGAGCCUCGAGUUUUGAUGUUAAUCAAAAUUAUUCCCUUUUUCAUAACUCGCUUAGCUUCUGAUAGUGACAUAACGAGACAAGUCAGGGUAAAUUCUUUCGCUAUCAUCAAUUCAUUCCGUUCCUAAAAUUUUGCUGAAAAAUAUUUAUUCCGCAUUAUAGACAAUAAAUCUAAAAAAAUUCCCAUUUACCAUUUCCUGUUUGUAUUCCCAUCUCAUUUUCCCAUUCCUCACUCUCCAUUCCGCAUUCCCCAUUCCUCAUUCCCCAUUCCUCAUUCUUCAUUCCUCAUUCUCCAUUCCUCAUUCCUCAUUCUGGAUUCUCCAUUCCACAUUCCCCACUCCCCACUCCCCGUACCCCAUUCCUCAUACCCCAUUCCUCAUUCCUCAUUCCUCAUUCCUCAUUCCUUAUUCCUCAUUCCUCAUUCUCCAUUCCUCAUACCCCAUUCCUCAUUCCUCAUUCGUCAUUCCUUAUUCCUCAUUCUCUAUUCCUCAUUCCUUAUUCCUCAUUCUCCAUUCCUCAUUUCCUAUUCCUCAUUCCUCAUUCUUCAUUUCCUAUUCCUCAUUCUUCAUUUCCUAUUCUUUAUUCCUCAUUCUCCAUUCCUCGUUCCUCGUUCCUCGUUCCCCAUUCCUCAUUAUCCAUUUCUCAUUCCUCAUACCCCAUUCCUCAUUCCUCAUUCCUCAUUCCUCAUUCCUCAUUCCUCAUUUCUCAUUCCUCAUUCCUCAUUCCUCAUUACUCAUUCCUCAUUCCUCAUUCCUCAUUCCUCAUUCCUCAUUCCUUAUUCCUCAUUCCUUAUUCCUCAUUUCUCAUUUCUCAUUUCUCAUUCCUCAUUCCCCAUUCCUUACUCCCCAUUCUUCAUUUCCAAUUCCUCUUUCUCGCUUUUCUUAACAUCCGGUUAUUCGCCAUCAACUUUACCAAUCGUGACAUCUUCAAGUUGUUAUUCGUUAUCAGUGCGAUAUCGCGACCCCAGACACGAAAUAUGAUUAAUCCAAAAAAUAAUUAAUCAAUGAUUAGUGAUUAAGCAUAAAAGGUAUAAUCUGGCGUAGUAGGAAGAUAUGUUCUCCUUUUUCUUUUAAAUAUUUAAAAAACUAUUGUUGUAUAGCGCACCAGUCAAUAAUAGGAUUAUUGAUUGGUAUUAUUUUGCUACCAAUGUUUGUUCUUUGUACAUCUCAGCGUCUCUUACACCUAUCGCAACGAUUUCUCUCUGUUAAGCGGCGUCUUUUACACCUAUCGCAACGAUUUCUCUCUGUUAAGCGGCGUCUUUUACACCUAUCGCAACGAUUUCUCUCUGUUAGGUAGCGCCACACAAAUAUAUCAUGAACAAUCUUGUCGAUUGACUCCUGCAAAUGAUAAUCACCUAAUUUGUGGUUUUCGUUUGAAAUUGAUGAACUCGAGAGUCUCGGUAAAGAAAAUUUCCGUUAGAACACUGACCAAGUUUUUCGUUUUUAUAGGUGGCUUAUUCAGAUGUGAUCUGCGAGCCAACAACAGUUGGUAGCCCUCGGUGCCUUCACCAGUUUACCAAAACAAUUUAUGAAGGCACUAUCCUCGGCACAUACUGGGUACUGACCUUUGUGUUCGGCGGUCUUCUGUCCUUUAUCUAUGGCUUGGUUUGUGGUUCCCUGAGCUUUUUUAUGAUUUGGGUGGCCUCUCCAUUUGUCCGCUUGUUUUUGAUCCCACUGGGGCUGUAUGGUAAAAUCUGGAAGUUUUUUGUUGAAUGCUUCUACGAUCCCCUGUACGAGUCAUGUGGUAGGAUCUUCUCCAAUGUCAACAUAAACUUUAAUACCAGAGCUAUCGAACAUGUGUAGUUAUUUAAUGCUCGACGGUCACUCGAUGGUCACCUUGUAUUAUGUCAUAUCUAGACAUAAAAUAAAAUACCAAUAUGUUUGCUGUAAUGACAAUUUUGACCAAACAAGCUUGGUCAAUGAAAGAUUUAUUAUGUAGGAUUAAGAUUUCCCCUUAUUAAGAAUCAAGAACUACUUUUUUAUUUCGAGAAACGGGAAAGAAAGCCAACUGUUUUGUAG